UGGCUUAUUAACAUCUGACGAACGCACACCACCGCGAUCGCUGCAGCGCUGCGCACGAGUCUGAUUGCGCUCGGAUCGACUAGAACACUUUUAGCCGUCAUUUUGUUGUGUUUUAUCCUUGUUUUUGUGGAAAAUAACAGUUGAAAGUGCACCAAAAAGUGCCAACAUGACUACAGUGACCAGUCGGUGGUGCAACAACCUUCGGAUAAAAUGUUUCCUCAUAGGAUACAUGAAUUUGAUCGCUAGCAUUGUGGAUAUAGCGUGUCAUAUCGCCAUCGUCGCCAUUGUGUCGAAUGGAUUCCAGUGUGAUGUCGACGAGGAUUCGCUCGCAAGCAUCGACUGGCCCUGGCUAGAACCGUUCCUCCUGGUCAUCAACCUUGGGACCCACGGCUUCUAUCCGUUCCCGCUCAUCCUAAGGAACAGAAAUAACGUGUUCAUAGACUACAUGCCUAUGAGCUCCCAGCCUAAAUGCUACCCUGGCAUGCUCCACGUAUACUUAGUGGAUAUUCUCAACCUUAUGAUCAACGUCAUUUGGUUGAAGUUCGUGAAGGCGUAUGUCGUCGCGCUGCACCGGAAAGACCCAGAGCCAAUGCGCAUGUUCUUCGGCCUGUCUGUGGUGAAGCUGGUCCUCCAGGUCAUGUACUUCAGCUACCAGCCUGAGUUCAGAUAUGUGUCCACCAUCGAGGCGUACUGGUUCGUCAAGCUCUUCGAUAUUGUGCUUGCCGCAAUCUUCCUCAUCAUCAUACACCAGUACAUUAAACAAUUGAGGCAAGAGAAAACUCGGCCAGUCGAAGACCAGCCUCCUCCGUACAUCGAAUGCUUGAUCAAUGGGCCAGCAGGCCAGACCAAAGAACAGAAGGAAGUAAAGAACGACACAGAAGUAGCCAUGCCAGAGGAACAGAAGCCAAAAGAAGAAGCACCUGUCGUAAAAGUUUGAAUUUAAUUGUAAUUUAGUUAAUUAUGUUCUAAUUCUUUAGGGUCGAUAAACUAUAUUUAUGAAUGCAUGUGAUUAUAUUUUAAUGAACUGAAUGAAUGGUGUGCGAAAUUAUAAAUUCUCAAAAUUGGAAAUAUCAUUAUUUAUUCAAAAUAAUUUGAUUACAAGUAGUACUAUUUAUUAAAUCAGAAUAAAAAUGUCCUAAUUGGCAUUAAUUUAAAGUACUUAACUAAUUAAAUUGGAGUCAAAAAUCUCAAAUAUUCGAUACCGGGUAUUUUGAUUAAAUAUUUUUAUACAAGCAUACUAAUGUCAAAUUAAUUAGUAAAUAAAUAAAUUGGAAUUGCUCUUAUUUUAAUGAAAAUGACAAAAAACAUUUAAGGAAGAUCCUAUUAGUAUAUUAAGCUAACAUUAUGGCGUAGUUUGGAAAUAUUAUUGUAUUUAUUCCAUU